UUUUCUUCAUUAUUUUCUCAGGAGCAGUACAGCUAGAUAUUGAAGUAGAUCUAUCCCCAGGUUCACAAGGAUACCCCACUCUGAUUUCAACAGUGGCUGUACAAGUUUGCUCUUCUACCAGCAGUGGACAAGGAUUCUUCUUACUCUACAUCCUCAACAGCCUGAGUUCAAUAUAAGAUUUGUUGGUUCAGUUCCCGGGUUCCUCCCUCUGCCAAGAUGACAACAUCUGAGGAGGAGCUGCAGAAGCUGAGACUCCCGGACCUGCUGGAAACCGGACAGCAACUUCUGGAGGAGGUGGAAGCCUCAACCCAACCCAUGGGCUCCAAGUUAAUCCAGGAUAAGGUGAAGAGGGCUUUGGAAAUCCUGGAGAAGGCCUCAGACAUGUUAUCAGAGCUCGAUCUGUUCAGCCAGAAUGAAGACUGGGAGGAGAUUGCUUCCCCUGACCUCAAGUACCUGAUGCUCCCAGCCCUGAAGGGCGCACUCACACUGAAGCUGGUUGGCACCAGCCAUCGCUUCAACCACCUGCAGGAGGCUCGAGAGUACUUCAUGAACUUCCUAACCCAGAGCCACAACUACCAUGUGGCUGAUUUUCAGCUGCCCUGGGCACAGAGCAGCUCACCGGAAGGAAACCCAACCACUUCUGCCAUCCUGGAGCCCACCCUCAUUGCCAUGGCAUCCCAAAGGCAGGCCAAAAUCCAGAGAUACAAGCAAAAUAAGGCAGUGGAGCAAAGGCUGUCCACUCUUAAAUCAGCAGUGGAGAGUGGUCAGGCUGAAGAGGAACGUGUGCGCGAGUAUUACCUCCUUCAGCUUCGCAGGUGGAUUAACAUCAGUUUGGAUGAGAUUGAGAGCAUCGACCAGGAGAUAGAGAUUCUGAGGGAAAGAGACUUCUCUGGUGAGAAAUCAGCUUCUCCUUUGCCUCCUCAGGAGAGGUCUCCAAUGAAACCCUUCAUCCUCACUCGAAGUGUUGCCCAAGCUCAAGUCUUUGGAGCUGGAUACCCAAGUCUGGCAACUAUGACAGUGAAUGACUGGUAUGAGCAGCACCAGAAAAGUAAGGUUUUGCCAUCAGAUCAGGAAGUCGAAAAGCAAGCACCACCACCUGAGUCCCACAAAGCAACUCAGCAAGAAGAGAAGGAGCUGGAGCAAAAGGAAGAAGGAGAAGGUGAGGGCACCCACCACAGAAUGCAGCAGUGGGAUGACUGGAAGGACAACCAUCCUAGGGGUUAUGGCAACCGGCAGAACAUGGGCUAACUUCCCCUAAGU